CCUCCAUCACUUUGCUAGAACUCUGGCCGGGGCAACAGCCCAAUUUCCCGGCCAUGUAUUUACAGCAGCCCUCACCAUUACAGGAAACACAGUACCAUCGUACCUAUCGAAGAAUAAAGUGUCAUGGCUGCCUAAAUUUAAAAAAAACCUUAAUAAUUCUUUCUUCUGCAACGUGUUGUUUCUAGGAUAUUCCGCUGUUAUGAUGAUCCCUGACCAAGGAGCUGAUUCAAGGCAAAGUCCUAAUCUAUUAAUGCAGUUCUUUAAGAGGCUGGGACAAUCCUAUCAGUCUCUUUUGGAUAAGUCGACUCCUCAUCCAAUGUCAAGAUGGAUCUUCACUUUUCUAUUGAUAACACUAUUUUUGGCAAGAGUUUUUUUCAGCAAGGGAUGGUAUAUAGUCACCUAUGCAUUGGGCAUUUACCAUUUGAAUCUAUUCAUUGCAUUUCUCUCUCCUAAAAUUGAUCCUGCUAUGUCUGAUUUUGAAGAGUCAGAAGAUGGUCCUGAAUUGCCAACAAAAGUUAAUGAAGAAUUUCGGCCAUUUAUCAGACGACUACCAGAAUUUAAGUUUUGGUAUUCAGUCUCAAAAUCAACUGUUAUUGCUGUGUUUUGCACUUUCUUUGAAGUGUUUAAUGUCCCUGUAUUUUGGCCUAUACUUGUGAUGUACUUCAUCACACUUUUCUGCCUCACUAUGAAACGCCAGAUAAAGCAUAUGAUUAAAUACCGUUACAUACCAUUCACCCACGGAAAACCCAAGUAUCAGGUAGAUAACAGCAAAGGGUUUUCGGGAAAUAUCCCUAAAAAAUAGAAGAACCUGCUAUCAUCUAAAUUGAUGAGUGAAUGUUUGUCAAAAAUUCUGUACUGAAAAUAGAGUAAUAUUGUUUUUCUUUGUUUUUUUUUGUUAUGGAUUUCCAAAAUCUUAUGAUAAAAUCGAGCAGAAUUCUU